CGGCAGCGACGACGAGGAAGAGGAGGAGGAGGAGGAGGAAGACGAGGAGGAGGAGGAGGAGGAAGAGGAGGUCUCCGAGGUGGAAUCAUUUAUCUUGGAUCAGGAUGAUCUCGAAAACCCUAUGUUGGAAACAGCUUCUAAAUUGCUGCUGUCAAGUACUGCUGAUGGUGCUGACCUGAGAACAGUAGAUCCUGAAACCCAGGCGAGAUUAGAAGCUUUGCUCGAAGCUGCGGGCAUAGGGAAGCUGUCCACGGCGGAUGGGAAGGCGUUUGCGGACCCCGAGGUGCUGCGCAGGCUGACCUCGUCCGUCAGCUGCGCCUUGGAUGAAGCGGCCGCCGCGCUGACCCGGAUGAGAGCCGAGAGCACGGCCGGCGCAGGACAGACGGACAACCGCAGCCUGGCCGAGGCCUGUUCCGAAGGAGACGUGAAUGCUGUGCGGAAGCUGCUCAUUGAAGGCCGCAGCGUGAACGAGCACACAGAGGAAGGGGAAAGCCUCCUUUGCUUGGCCUGCUCAGCAGGGUAUUAUGAGCUUGCACAGGUUCUCUUGGCAAUGCAUGCCAAUGUGGAGGACCGGGGAAUCAAGGGAGACAUCACACCUCUGAUGGCUGCUGCCAACGGCGGGCACGUCAAAAUUGUCAAGCUGCUGCUAGCUCACGGUGCUGAUGUGAACGCACAGUCAUCCACAGGCAACACAGCCCUGACGUACGCCUGCGCCGGGGGCUACGUGGACGUGGUGAAGGUGCUGCUGGAGUCGGGCGCCAGCAUCGAGGAGCACAACGAGAACGGGCACACGCCGCUGAUGGAGGCGGGCAGCGCCGGGCACGUGGAGGUGGCCAGGGUGCUGCUGGAGAACGGGGCGGGCAUCAACACGCACUCCAACGAGUUCAAGGAGAGCGCCCUGACACUGGCCUGCUACAAAGGCCAUCUGGAAAUGGUGAGGUUUCUGCUGGAAGCUGGUGCAGACCAGGAGCACAAGACAGAUGAGAUGCACACUGCUCUCAUGGAGGCGUGCAUGGAUGGUCACGUGGAAGUGGCAAGGUUACUCCUGGACAGCGGAGCUCAGGUGAACAUGCCUGCCGACUCCUUCGAGUCCCCGCUGACCCUGGCAGCCUGUGGUGGGCACGUGGAGCUGGCAGCUCUGCUGAUUGAACGUGGAGCUAACUUGGAAGAGGUCAAUGAUGAGGGAUACACGCCGCUGAUGGAGGCAGCUCGGGAAGGCCACGAGGAGAUGGUGGCACUGUUACUUGGGCAAGGAGCAAACAUCAACGCUCAGACAGAGGAGACGCAGGAGACCGCAUUAACUCUGGCUUGCUGCGGAGGGUUUCUGGAGGUGGCCGAUUUUCUCAUUAAAGCAGGAGCUGACAUAGAACUCGGCUGUUCCACACCUUUGAUGGAGGCUGCUCAAGAGGGGCAUUUGGAGCUGGUCAAAUAUUUAUUAGCUGCGGGAGCUAAUGUGCAUGCAACAACAGCAACAGGUGACACGGCACUGACGUACGCCUGUGAGAAUGGCCACACUGAUGUAGCAGAUGUCUUACUUCAGGCAGGUGCAGAUCUGGAGCAUGAAUCAGAAGGUGGAAGAACCCCACUCAUGAAAGCUGCCAGGGCAGGUCAUGUUUGCACUGUUCAGUUCUUGAUUAGUAAAGGAGCAAACGUGAACAGGACCACAGCGAACAACGAUCACACAGUGCUGUCGCUGGCCUGUGCCGGAGGUCACCUGGCGGUGGUGGAGCUACUGCUCGCUCAUGGUGCUGAUCCCACACACAGACUCAAGGAUGGAUCGACCAUGCUGAUCGAGGCGGCCAAAGGCGGUCACACCAGCGUGGUUUGUUACCUUCUAGAUUACCCAAACAACUUGCUUUCUGCUCCUCCACCUGAUGCCACUCAGCUGACCCCACCAUCCCAUGACCUCAACAGGGCUCCUCGAGUACCAGUGCAGGCGCUGCCCAUGGUCGUCCCACCCCAGGAGCCUGACAAACCCCCUGCUAAUGUCGCCACAACCCUUCCCAUCAGAAACAAAGCUGCUUCUAAACAAAAGUCCAGCAGUCAUUUGCCAACAAACAACCAGGAUGUACAGGGUUACAUCACCAAUCAGUCUCCAGAGAGCAUUGUAGAAGAGGCUCAGGGCAAGUUGACAGAGCUGGAGCAGAGGAUAAAAGAAGCCAUAGAGAAGAACGCUCAGCUGCAGUCCCUGGAAUUGGCACACGCCGACCAGCUCACCAAAGAGAAGAUUGAGGAGCUGAACAAAACGAGAGAGGAGCAAAUUCAGAAGAAACAAAAGAUUUUGGAGGAACUGCAGAAAGUGGAGCGAGAGUUACAGCUGAAAACUCAACAGCAGCUAAAAAAGCAAUAUCUAGAGGUAAAAGCGCAAAGAAUUCAGCUCCAGCAGCAGCAGCAGCAACAGUCUUGCCAGCAUCUGGGACUACUGACUCCCGUUGGGGUAGGAGAACAACUCUCAGAGGGAGACUAUGCACGAUUGCAGCAAGUGGACCCCAUCUUGCUCAAAGAUGACCCUCAGCAAGCUGCUGCGCAGACGGGUUUUGCACCAGUUCAGCCUCUGGCCAUGCCACAAGCUUUGCCUCUGGCAGCAGGUUCCUUACCUCCAGGGUCCAUCGCAAAUCUUACAGAACUGCAAGGUGUUAUAGUUGGACAGCCAGUGCUGGGCCAAGCACAACUAGCAGGGCUGGGGCAAGGAAUACUGACAGAAACACAGCAAGGGUUAAUGGUAGCCAGCCCUGCUCAGACGCUCAAUGACACGCUGGAUGACAUCAUGGCAGCAGUGAGUGGAAGAGCAUCUGCAAUGUCAAACACUCCUACCCACAGCAUUGCAACCUCAGUGUCCCAACCUCAGACGCCGACUCCGAGUCCCAUCAUUUCUCCUUCAGCCAUGCUGCCCAUCUACCCUGCUAUAGACAUAGAUGCCCAGACUGAGAGUAACCAUGACACAGCCUUGACGCUGGCUUGUGCUGGUGGCCAUGAAGAACUGGUACAAACCCUGCUGGAGAGAGGAGCUAACAUUGAGCACAGGGACAAGAAAGGGUUUACUCCGCUCAUUUUGGCUGCUACAGCUGGCCAUGUGGGGGUUGUGGAAAUCUUACUGGAUAAUGGAGCUGAUAUUGAAGCCCAGUCUGAGAGAACCAAGGACACUCCCUUGUCUUUGGCUUGUUCAGGAGGGAGGCAAGAGGUGGUGGAGUUGCUGCUAGCUCGAGGGGCAAACAAGGAGCACAGGAAUGUGUCUGAUUACACACCUCUGAGCCUCGCUGCCUCGGGUGGCUAUGUGAACAUUAUCAAGAUUCUGCUGAAUGCUGGGGCAGAAAUCAAUUCCAGAACUGGUAGCAAAUUGGGCAUUUCUCCCUUGAUGCUGGCAGCCAUGAAUGGGCACACUGCUGCUGUCAAGCUGUUACUGGACAUGGGCUCUGAUAUAAAUGCCCAGAUCGAGACCAACAGGAAUACAGCUCUGACUCUGGCCUGUUUCCAGGGAAGAACUGAGGUGGUCAGCCUGCUGCUUGAUAGAAAAGCUAACGUGGAGCACAGAGCCAAGACUGGUCUCACUCCGUUGAUGGAAGCAGCCUCUGGGGGAUACGCAGAGGUGGGCAGGGUCCUGCUGGACAAAGGUGCAGAUGUCAACGCUCCCCCAGUCCCUUCAUCCAGAGACACAGCUUUAACCAUUGCAGCAGACAAGGGGCACUACAAGUUCUGUGAGCUCCUCAUUAGCAGGGGAGCUCACAUCGAUGUGCGGAACAAGAAGGGUAAUACUCCCCUGUGGCUGGCAGCAAAUGGGGGGCAUCUUGAUGUGGUCCAGCUGCUGGUCCAGGCUGGAGCUGACGUGGAUGCAGCUGAUAACAGGAAAAUAACUCCUCUCAUGGCAGCCUUCCGAAAGGGCCAUGUGAAAGUAGUGCGUUACCUGGUGAAAGAGGUGAACCAGUUCCCCUCAGACUCGGAGUGCAUGAGAUACAUUGCAACCAUCACUGAUAAGGAGAUGCUGAAGAAGUGCCACCUGUGCAUGGAGUCAAUUGUUCAAGCCAAAGAUAGACAGGCUGCAGAGGCCAACAAAAAUGCAAGCAUUCUUCUAGAGGAACUGGACUUGGAGAAGUUAAGGGAAGAAAGCAGGAGACUGGCUCUGGCUGCCAAAAGAGAGAAGAGAAAAGAGAAAAGGAGGAAGAAAAAAGAGGAACAAAGGCGAAAACUAGAAGAAAUAGAAGCAAAAAAUAAAGAGAAUUUCGAACUCCAAGCUGCUCAGGAGAAGGAGAAGUUAAAAGCUGAAGGUGAUUACUGCAAUUAUUCCAAGGAAAGAAUGAAAUUCGAUGAUCCCGAGGUCCCAAUGGAGCCUCCCAGUGCUACCACCACCACUACCAUAGGUAUAUCUGCAACCUGGACAACGUUAGCAGGCUCUCAUGGGAAGAGGAAUAACACCAUCACCACCACGAGCUCCAAGAGGAAAAACAGGAAAAACAAAGUAACCCCUGAUAAUGUUCAGAUUAUAUUUGAUGAUCAGCUUCCCAUAUCCUAUAGCCAGCCUGAGAAGGUGAAUGGGGAAUCCAAGAGCAGCAGCACUAGUGAGAGUGGUGACAGUGACAAUAUGAGGAUCUCCAGCUGCAGCGAUGAGAGCAGCAAUAGCAACAGCAGCCACAAGAGUGACAAUCAUUCCUCCACAGCUGUCUCCAACACACAGAGCAACAAAAAGCAACCGUCGGUGCUCGUCACUUGUCCAAAGGAUGAGAGGAAAGCAGUGCCUGGCAAGUCAUCCAUCAAGUUGUCUGAAGUUAUUAAUGAAGUGACAAGUAAUUCCUUGUCUACUUGCACAAAAUCCGCUCCUUCUCCCCUUUCUUCUCCAAACGGAAAGCUAACCAUUGCUAGUCCUAAACGUGGUCAGAAAAGGGAAGAAGGCUGGAAGGAAGUUGUGAGAAGAUCCAAGAAGGUUUCUGUCCCAUCAACUGUGAUUUCCAGAGUUAUUGGUAGAGGAGGGUGUAACAUCAACGCGAUCCGUGAGUGCACGGGAGCACACAUAGACAUUGACAAACAGAAGGAUAAAACUGGAGACCGAAUCAUCACCAUAAGGGGUGGCACAGAAUCAACCAGACAGGCCACGCAGUUGAUCAAUGCUCUUAUCAAGGAUCCAGACAAGGAAAUCGAUGAACUUAUUCCAAAGAACCGUUUGAAAAGCUCAACUGUAAACUCCAAGAUGGGGUCCUCGACACCUGCCGCCACUACAGCUGCUAACAGUUCUCUCGUGGGCAUCAAAGUGACCACCGUAGCUGCUUCGUCGACAUCUCAGACGGCCUCUGCGCUCACCGUGCCUGCAAUCUCCUCGGCAUCCACUCACAAGGGCAUCAAGAACCCCGUGAACAACGUGCGGCCCGGUUUCCAGGUCUCCCUCCCGCUGGCGUAUCCUCCUCCGCAGUUUGCACACGCGCUCCUGGCCGCUCAGACGUUCCAGCAGAUCCGUCCCCCGCGGCUGCCCAUGACGCACUUCGGAGGCACCUUCCCGCCGGCCCAGUCCACGUGGGGCCCGUUCCCCGUCAGGCCGCUGAGCCCCGCCCGCGCGACCAACUCGCCCAAACCUCACAUGGUGCCUCGCCACAGCGGCCAGAGCGGCGGCGGCGCUCAGGCCAACGCAGCCAGUUCUUUGACGACGAGCCCCACGGCCACGACGACUUCGGUGGCUUCUACUGUGCCUGGAUCUUCGGCGAGUGGCAACCCGAGCUCCCCCUCGGUGAGGAGGCAGCUGUUCGUCACCGUGGUGAAGACGUCCAACGCCACCACCACCACUGUGACGACCACGGCGAGCAACACGAGCACGGCGCCCACCAACACCACGUAUCCGACUCCUACUGCCAAAGAACACUACCCCGCAUCCUCCCCCUCGUCUCCCUCUCCUCCCGCGCAGCCGGCGGGCGUCUCCAGGAGCAGUCCUCCCGACUGCGCCACGGCCGCCUCUCCCAACAAAGGCGCGCCUCCGUCCGAGCCGGACGCGGGGAGCCCGCCCGCCGUGGAUGCGGGUGGCUCGACCGGCAGCAGGCAGCCCAAUCCUGGGACCGGCAGCUCCUCCGUGCAUCCUGCUCAUCAGCAGCCCCCGGGAGCUCCUCUGCCCGAGGCCAGGCCCCCUCUCCAGCAACCUCAGGUUCCCCCACCAGAUCCUCGCAUGGUCGUGCCUCCGAGUUUAGCGGCGACGAGCUCAUCCGCUCCGGUGGUCGGCGCGAGCGGCGCUCCCAUGACCUACCCCGUGUCCCAGCCGGCCAUGGGCUCGGCUCAGCCUGCAGCCAAGAUGGAAACCCCAGCCAUCAGACCGCCUGUCCACGGCGCCGGCAGCGUCCCCAAGAAUCCAGCUCCCGUGCAGAACUCCCCCGUCGCAGUCCUCAACGUUAACCACAUCAAAAGGCCCCACAGCGUUCCUUCUUCAGUGCAGCUUCCUUCUACCUUAAGUACACAAAGUGCUUCUCAGAAUUCGGCCCACGCGGCGAACAAGCCCAUGGGGAACAACUUCAGUGCUACCCUGCCUUUCGGGCCCUUCAGUACGUUGUUCGAGAACAGCCCCACGUCUGCUCAUGCCUUCUGGGGCGGCUCCGUCGUUUCCUCUCAGACAACACCGGAGUCCAUGCUCUCAGCUAAGUCCUCGUUUUUGCCAAAUUCAGAUCCGUUACAUCAGUCUGAUACUUCCAAAGCCCCGGGUUUUAGGCCACCGUUACAGAGGCCCGCUCCAAGUCCCUCAGGUAUUGUCAGUAUGGAUUCUCCCUAUGCUUCUGUAACACCUUCUUCUACACACCUGGGGACCUUUGCCUCGAACCUGUCGGGAGGGCAGAUCUACGCGCCCGGGACACCGCUGGGCGGCGCGCCUGCAGCUGCUAAUUUCAACAGACAGCAUUUUUCCCCUCUUAGUUUAUUGCCUCCAUGUUCAUCAGCAUCGAAUGAAUCUCCUGCUCAGUCCGUGUCCUCUGGAGUACGAGCACCCUCUCCCACCCCUUCAGCAGUGUCCUUGGGAUCAGAAAAGCCCAGUAACGUUUCUCAGGACAGAAAAGUUCCUGUUCCCAUUGGGACUGAACGGUCUGCACGCAUUAGACAAACUGGAACAUCAACUCCUUCUGUAAUUGGGAGCAACUUGGCUGCUCCGGUGGGCCACAGUGGGAUCUGGUCCUUCGAAGGUAUAGGUGGCAGUCAAGACAAAGUGGACUGGUGUCACAGCGGCAUGGGCAGCCACAUGAUCCACAGGCCCAUGUCCGACCCGGGCGUCUUCUCGCACCAAGCCAUGGAGAGAGACAGCGCGGGCAUCGUAGCGCCUUCCGGUACAUUCCAUCAGCCCGUCCCUGCAGGAUACAUGGACUUCCCAAAAGUCGGGGGAAUGCCUUUUUCUGUGUAUGGGAACGCCAUAAUUCCUCCUGUAGCCCCCAUCACAGAUGGUACUGGAGGCCCCAUCUUUAACGGGCCUCAUGCUGCUGACCCAUCUUGGAACUCGCUGAUAAAGAUGGUUUCAAAUUCCACAGAAAACAAUGGGCCUCAGACGGUGUGGACUGGAACCUGGACACCUCACAUGAACAGUGUGCAUAUGAACCAACUGGGCUGAGUGGGAUCAACAUGCUGGCCUUGAGAUUCCUUUUUUUGCAGAGGAAACCACAAUUGGCAGAAACAGUUUAUGUGCUCCCAGAUCAUUCUACUGAUGUGCUUGACUGAAGUGUGUAGGCUUUUUGCAGAAGAACUUACUAACUGACCUUUUUCUGUGAACAUUGUGACCGCCCAUUCCCCACCAUCAUAUGUUUCAACUUAGUUAGACUUUCUUCUUUCCUUUCCUCCUCUUUUUUUUUUUUUUUUUUUUUGACAUAACUUUCUGUUGAAGCUGUUCUUUGGCUGGUUGGUUUUAGUACUGUAAACUGCUUCUGAGCAAACACAGAAAUUUAGCAAAAUUAUGUAAACUUGAUCCUGAAGUUUUAGAAUGGCAAAUAAAUGUACAAUUGUUUACAUAACAAAUGGCUAAGCAGAAAGUAAAUUUCAAUAUGUCAGUUAUAGAGGCUCUACUUUAUGUAGACUUAAAUUAAUGUGAGAUAUGUACCUUCAUAUUCAGAAAUCUGGAUGUUUCCUUCAUACAUUAAACUAUUAAUAAGCAUAA